AUGGACGGCGGUCACGGCGAGGGGAACGCGGGGGGAGAGGGAUCUGGGCGUGGAGCACGUGGAAGGGGUGGUAGGGGGGGAUUUCGCGGAUCCGGGGGGAGGGGAGGCAGAUUCGGGGAAAGGAGCGGGGGGGUUGGCGGAAGGCGCGGAGGAUUCGGACAUGGACAUGGGGGAGUAGAGGAUCGGGAGGCGCAGGUUCGGGAGGUGCAGGAUCGGGAGGCGCAGGAUCGGGAGGUGCAGGAUCGGGAGGCGCAGGAUCGGGAGGUGCAGAAUCGGGAGGCGCAGGAUCGGGAGGCGCAGGAUCGGGAGGCGCAGGAUCGGGAGGCGCAGGAUCGGGAGGCGCAGGAUCGGGAGGCGCAGGAUCGGGAGGUGUAG